GGGAACGUACCGGCGGCGGGCGGUGUGGGCGGGGCCUCCCUUUGAACCCUGUUGGCUGGAAUUUCGGUUCGGCUAGGGGUCCUGGGCGGUGGCUGUGGGGUCCGCCUUGGGCUUCACUGCGAUGGAGCCCACCGCGUGGAGAGAGACGGAGAGCGGGGGAGGCGCGGCGACAGGGGAUUGCGUGCAGAGGGUUCCGGUGCCGAGACCUCCCUCCAUUGAGGAAUUCAACAUAGUGAAGCCCAUUAGCCGGGGCGCCUUCGGGAAGGUGUAUCUCGGGCAAAAAGGGGGCAAGUUGUAUGCGGUGAAGGUUGUCAAAAAAGCAGACAUGAUCAACAAAAAUAUGACUCAUCAGGUACAAGCUGAGAGGGAUGCACUGGCACUAAGCAAAAGUCCUUUCAUUGUCCAUUUGUACUACUCACUGCAGUCAGCAAACAACGUCUACUUGGUAAUGGAAUAUCUUAUUGGUGGGGAUGUCAAGUCCCUCCUUCAUAUAUAUGGUUAUUUUGAUGAAGAAAUGGCUGUGAAAUACAUUUCUGAGGUAGCAUUGACUCUAGACUAUCUUCACAGACAUGGAAUCAUCCACAGGGAUUUGAAACCAGAUAACAUGCUAAUUUCUAACGAAGGUCAUAUUAAACUAACAGAUUUUGGCCUUUCCAAAGUUACUUUGAAUAGAGAUAUCAAUAUGAUGGACAUCCUUACAACACCAUCAAUGGCUAAACCUAGACAAGAUUAUUCAAGAACCCCAGGACAGAUACUGUCUCUCAUCAGCUCUUUGGGAUUUUUCACACCAGCUGCAGGAAAAAAUCAAGACUCUGCAAAUACUCUUUCAACUCACGGCUCUGAAACAUCACAGCUUUCUCAAGAACUAAUUUGUGCUGUGUCUAUACAUCCAAAGGACACUACUCCUUAUUCUAACCAACUACUAAAAUCAUGUCUUGAAGCAGUUGCGUGCAACCCCAGGAUGCCUGUGAAGUGUCUAACUUCGAAUCUCCUCCAGUCUAGGAAAAGGCUGGCCACAUCAAGUGCCAGUAGUCAGUCCCACACCUUCGCAUCCAGUGUGGAAUCUGAAUGCCACAGCAGUCCCAGAUGGGAAAAGGACCACCAGGAAAGUGACAAUACACUGGGCUCCACAAUGUUGAGCUGGAAUACAACUGAAAAGCCUUCAUGUCCACAUUCUACAAAUGCCACCCAGAGCCAAAGUUUCAACAGGAAGGAUCUUGGGUUAGGGCUUUCUGCCAUCCACAACAGCAGCGCUGUUCCCUCCUCUGGGAGCGCUUUUGUGAACUUGGCCAAAAAAUGCUUCUCUGGGGAGGUUUCUUGGGAAGCAAGAGAACUGCAUCUAAAUAUUAAGAUGGACGCUGACACAAGGCAGUCUGGUUUGCACCAGUCACAUCAGUGGGCUGUGGAUUCUGGUGACGUGACUGAGGAACACCUUGUGAAAAGAAGCUUGAAAAGAAAUUUUGAGUUAGUUGACUCCAGUCCUUGUCAGGAAAUUAUACAGAAUAAAAAAAAUUGUACAGAGCAUAAGCAUAGUAAUGAAAUGAGAGGUUGUUGUGCAAAUCAAAGUACAGGCUUAACAACUGACGUCCAGGACCUUAAGCUAUCGGUAUAUACAGGUCAGCGAAACGAUGGUGUUAAUAAGAAAAUGGUUCAUUCUUUUACUGAUAAACAACAGACACCAGAAAAAUCACCUAUCCCAAUGAUAGCCAAAAACCUCAUGUGUGAGCUGGAUGAAGACUGCAACGAGCAUAAGAAGAAGGACUACUCAAAUUCUAGUUUUCUAUGUUCUGAUGAUGAUAGAGCUCCUAAAAAUAUUUCUAUGGACUCGGAUUCAUCUUUUCCUGGAAUUUCUAUAAUGGGAAUUCCAUUAGAAAGGCAGUCCUUAGAUCCAGAUAAAAGCAUCAAAGAAUCCUCAUUUGAAGAAGCAAAUAUUGAAGACCUACUCACCGUAUCACCCAGAUGCCAGGAAAGUCCCUUGCAAGAAGGUGAUGAGAAUCCUGCUGCCCAAGACAGUAACCAAAAUACGUUAGCUCCUUCUUCGGAGGGGUUGGAAAUACGAGCCUUCUCUAAAAGAAAUGCUGUAGCUUUCCGAAGUUUUAACAGUCACACUCAUGCAUCCAGUAACUCAGAACCAUCCAAAAUGAGUAUUUCUUCUUCACAGGCAAUGACUCUUUCGUGUGCUUAUAGUGGCUCCUAUCCCAUGGCUGUAAGCCCUAUCCAAAAAGGAAGAUCCUAUAUGCCACAUCAGACCCCAAAUCAAAUCAAGUUAGGAACUCCAUUCCGAACCCCGAAGAGCGUGAGAAGAGGGGCAGCCCCAGUAGAGGAUGGGCGAAUCCUAGGGACCCCAGACUACCUGGCACCUGAGCUGUUACUCGGCAGGGCCCACGGUCCUGCAGUGGACUGGUGGGCACUUGGAGUUUGCUUGUUUGAGUUUCUAACAGGAAUUCCCCCUUUCAAUGAUGAAACACCACAACAAGUGUUCCAGAAUAUUCUGAAAAGAGAUAUCCCUUGGCCUGCAGGUGAAGAAAAGUUAUCUGAAAAUGCUCAGAGUGCAGUAGAAAUACUUUUAACCAUUGAUGAUACAAUGAGAGCUGGAAUGAAAGAACUAAAACAUCAUCCUCUCUUCAGUGACGUAGACUGGGAAAAUCUGCAGCAUCAAACUAUGCCUUUCAUACCCCAGCCAGAUGAUGAAACAGAUACAUCCUAUUUCGAAGCCAGGAAUAAUGCUCAGCACCUGACCGUAUCUGGAUUCAGUCUAUAACACAUACAUUUUUCCCUUUAAUCUAACCUGUCUUAUUGAAUAAGCUAGCAAGCUUACAUACUCCUUAAUACUAGAUUGAUCAAAGAGAAGAAGAUCAUUAAUUUAUCUGGAUCACUAAAAUUUUAAUGUAACAACUUCUACAGAGUUAAAAGGCCAUCAAGAAUAUAACCAGUAUGUUAUCUUGUUCUCAGAGCUGUAUAUAGGCUUCCAAAGCUAUUUUCUUCUUAUUUUGUUACUGCACUUUAUGGAAAUUAAUGUAUCAAUAAAAGUAAAAUGAUACCACCUGUUAGAGAAAGCGUGACCUUGAGCUUGAUUUUCUUUCACUUCUCUUGAUUUCAGUUAACCCUUCAGUUUAGUGUUAAAAGAACAAAAUCACAUGGUUUUAUUUUAAUGUAAUGUGUACGAUAGCCGUGAGGGCAGUUAUUGAAGGCUGCAAUUGUGAUUUCCAGCUCAAAAUUGUGACUGGAAAAUGGCAUCACUUGGAAGUGUAACUCUUUUGGGGAAUGAGGAAUAAACAGAGGACUAAGGUUUAGGUUCCUUUACUACAAAUAUAGUUUUGUGGCCUUGACUGCUCUGGUGCUUUCUCUGCAAAACCUGUUUGUUUAACAUAGUACAGGGAAGCUUCUGUGUGAUUCACUGUAGCAAUUUUAACAGCUUGUUCAAUUUUAAUGAAAAAUGUAAUGGCUUACAUCUUUAAAAUAAUUCGUCUAGAACAUGCAGCAUUACUAGAGACAGCCUGAUCCUUAGCAAAAAAAAUAAUUUGCUUAAAUGAAUAAAUUGUACCAUAUGUCAA